AUGAAUUCAUGGUCUCAGGCAAAAGUAGAGGACAUUGAAACGGCCCUUGAUGUUGAAGUCAUUAAAAUAGAGGAGUCGUCUUUUGAUGCAAAGGGUCGUACCAUCACUGUGGAAUCAAUCUCCACGGCAGAUGAAAAACUUGUACUGAAAAGCUUGUAUAAGAAGAUUGCAAAAAAUCAGAAAGUAGAAGAGGCAAUGAAGAGUACCGCUGCCGAAUUAUCUACAGUUCAAGGGGAGUUGGAGCGUAUGAAAUCACAAGCGCAAGAAGUGGAGCAGAGUCUAGCAUCAAAGGAAACUCGCAUCAAUGAAUUGACCGAAGAAUUGGGAAUAUCAACUGCUCGGUAUUCCGACCUUGAGCUAGAACUCAAGAAUGCCAUGGACAAAUGUGCUGAACAUGAGGGACAAGCCAAUACAACCCAUCAGCGCAGCGUCGAACUUGAGGAUCUAAUGCAGAUAUCGCAUGUUAAGGCAGUUGAGGCUGGUAAAAAAGUGAGUGAAUUAGAGUUGCUUCUUGAAACAGAAAAAUAUAGGAUCAAGGAACUUGAAGAGCAAUGUGGGGCUGCAGAAUCAGAGUCCCUGAAAAGCUCUCUGCAGGUUUCUGAACUUGAAGGACAACUUGAGGCUGUUCAAGUGAAAACUUCAAGCCUAGAGGUUGCAUUACAGGCUGCCACUCAUAAGGAAAAAGAAUUGACCAAGCACUUGCAUAUGACCACAGAGGAGAAUAGAAAUUUAAAAGACACGUCAAAAACCUCAAAUGAGAAGCUAUCUGAAGUGGAAAAUCUUUUUGAGAUUUUGAGGAAUGAAUUGAGUAUUUCUCAACAGAAAUUGGAGAGCAUAGAAAAUGACCUCAAGGCUGCAGGAAUGAUAGAAAAUGAAGUUAUUGAGAAGCUCAAGUCAGCUGAGGGGCAGUUACAGGAACAGGGAAAAGUGUUGGAGAAAACUACUGAGAGAAGCAUAGAGCUUGAAUCAUUACACAGAACUCUAACAAGGGAAUCAGAGCAGAGACUCCAAGAAACAUUAGCUAAUUUCACCAGAAGAGAUUCUGAGGCAAAAUCUUUGAAAGAGAUAUUAACGAGUCUUGAAGAUCAAGUUAAAAGUUAUCAAGAGCAGCUAGCUGAAGCAAAUGAAAGAUAUGCAGCUGUGAAGGAAGAGCUUGAUCAGAUUGAAGUGAAGCUAGCUUCUUCUGAGAAUGCCAAUAAAGACUUGAAACAAAAGAUUUUGGAUGCAAAAGGUAAAGCUGAACAGUAUGUUGCAGAGAAGGAAUUGUUAGCCGACACCAACUUACAGCUCAGUAAACAGGCCAAAGAACUUGACGAAAAGUUGAAUUUGGCUCUUUCUGAGAAGAACAUCUCUGACAAGCAGCUUGCUUCUCACAUGAGCACCAUCACUGAAUUAAGAAUGCAGCACUCAAGAGCUGUUGAACUUCAAUUAGCAGCCGAAACCCGCAUUUCAGGAGCAGAAGCACAGUUGAAAAGAGAGGUUCAGAAAAAAUCGGAGCUAACUCAAGAACUGGCUUCAUGUAAGUCCAAGUUAAGUGAUUUGCAAACCGAACUGUCAACUGUUUCUUCUAAGAAAAAUGAUGCAGUUGAAAAGCUUCAGUCUGCAAAGAAAGAAUUAGAAGAUUUGAAACAGAAACUUCAGGAGAAGGGCUGCAAAAUCCAAUGA